AUGCCGUCCAGAAUCCAUUGGUCUGGUAGCAAGAACAAUCGCUCGCAGCACAACCUGGUGGGAUCGACAGGUGCCGAGGACCCCCUUCCGGUGCCCGCAUCAGCGGCUGGCGUGAACUCCCCGAGUGCGGGUGCGGGCGCUGCAAACCCCCCUUCAGCCUCGCCCAACCCGGCCUUCAGCUCCAGCGAAUCCUUUCAGCCCGACACCGCGGCCGGCCGGGCUAAUCACGCACAACCACCCCCUCCUCCGCCGUCGCACUUGGUCAAUAUCUACGGCAACACCACCUCCGUUACUGCCGGCCCCAACACCGCCGUCGGUCCGCCCCAGCUGCAGCAUUCCAAUAGCAUUUCCAGUGCUUUUGACGUGCGCCAGCGGGAGCAGCAGGAGUUUGCCGACCAAGUGACGCGCUCUCAAUCGUACCGCUACACUCAACCCUCCCCCACUUCCACUCAACUGGCCCUGCUCCAGCAGCAGCAACAGCAGCACCAGCAACAACAACAACAACUGCAACUGCAACAAAACCAGCAACACCCUCAAGGGUCUACUUCCGCCGAAGACCUCACGUCUCCCGGCCACCCAAGCAACAUUUCAUCCCCUAUCCUUGGAUCGGCCCAGCCUUCCUACGGCCAGCCGCGGCCACAACCCCAGGGCCCGCCCCCCAAAGCUAAACAAUCUACCCGCAAGCUGAUCAAAAACAUCCUCAACCCCCGUGGUCAGGACUUCGCGAACCAGGGCAACAGCCAAUACGGCAGCUCUGCACCUGCACGUAGAAACUCGAAGCGCGUGAGCCUGCCGCCGUCGUACCCCCCGAUUCUUCGGACCGGCGUCUCUCAGGUCUCUCUGGAUCAGCAGCAUCCGCUAGAGUGGCAGAACCAGGGCCCGCCAACCCAGCCGUCCCCCUUGCAAGGUGUAGGAGACUUCCACGACUCGUACGUAAUUGAGGAUUCUGACCGGCAUCUGCACCUGCAGCAUUCACAGGACACCCAUCACCCUACUAUUCGGCCAGUCCCUCCCUCGGACACCGAUACAUCGUAUUCGGCCGAGGACACGGCGUAUCACCAGCACCGAGAACACAACCUGUCGCACGGCCAGGUGUCUCCUGAGCUGCAACAACAACUGCAACAGCAGCAGCAGCAGCAGCAACAACAACAACAACAGUACGGCCUCGCUGUCUUUGAGCCUGCCCCGCAUCAGCAGCAACAGCAGUCACCGCCAGCGAAUCAGUACCAAUUCGCGAGCCCGCAACAGCAACAGGCUCAGUACCCGGGAAACACCCAGCAGGCCUUCGCAGGACAUCUCGCCCUCAGCCCGCAGCCGCAAAACCCGGAGACAGUGUCACAACUGUCGCAUGAAUCUCCGGUCCCCGACUCAGACCAACCCUCUACAAACAAUAGCAUACCAGCAUCGGCCGUGCAGACCACAGUGAACUACCCCUCGCCCCCACCACAGACGCAAAAUCACCCGCCCGCUGUCCAAUCACCCGCCCCACAACAACAACAACAACAGCAACAGCAACAACAGCAGCAGCAGGACAUGGUCCCACCAACCGGCGGCCCGCCACCAGCCCGCAGAUCGCAGGAAACAGACAAGGCGCGCGACCAGGUGCAGCCACCCCCCGGGCCGCCUCCCAGUUACCGGCAGAGCCAGCAACCCAAUAUGAACCCCCUACCACAGCCUCCCAAUGCGGGGCAACAGAACCCCAACUUCCGGGCCAGCAACGUUCCGGGCGGGCAGCAGUUUGACGCCCAGGGUGAGCCCCAAGGACGCAACAGUCCUCAACCCCCGCCUAGUGACCGUGGCGCCGAGGACCCCGAGAAGGCGUUUAAGGAACUUUUGACCAAGUACAAGAAUGUUAAACGGCUAUACUUUGACGGCAAGAAGGAAAUCGAGCAACUGAAUGGCCAAGUAGAGCAGCUCCAGAAUGCCGUCGCCAACCAACGUAUAUCGCAGAGCCGGACGUCGCUUGAUGAUAGCGAAUAUGCCACACGUUUUAAUCGCCUCAACGGUGCCAUUAACAACCUAUCCUUCAACAUUCGUAAGGAUUGGGUCACGGUACCGUCGUGGCUUGCCCCGUUCGUGAGCGCCGACGCCCUCAAGACGGGCAAGCAGGAGAUGACGGCGGUCGGGCGGGCGGUCAUCACGCGCUGGAUUGUCGAGGAAAUUUUCAAUCGCUGCUUCCAUCCCGGCUUAGACGCGGAGCUCAGCAGACAACUUAAGAUUGUUGAGCUUAACAUUAGGCACUUCAGUUACACGAUGACCAGCCAGGAAGAGUACGAUGCACUCACGAGUAAAGUGGUCAGCUGGCGCAUGACUACACUCGAGGGCCUGCAAGACGUGCUCAACGGCCCGGACAAUGCCAACCACCGUGCGGACUUCACGCGACGCGCCACCAGCAACUUGACGGCGUCGCUCUUCCAGCAUCUGUCUGACCCGCCGCCCGCGGGUGUCGACGGCAGUGCCAGCAUGAUCAUCGAGCUGGCAGUCGGCAUUGCCAGCAACCUUCCGCUGGAGAGUCGAGAUGUGGCUAUCGUCUACCCGCUGCCGGAGCAACCGAUCCAGCCAGAUCUGAUGGAUGUGGAGAAAACGGGCCUUCCAGCGCUAGAGGCUCGCCCGUCGGACGUGAGCGAAGAAGGCGUGGCGGAUGAGGGGAACGGAAACGGUGGCGGGAAAGAAGGACAAAGUAAAGAUGGUGCUGGAGGAGCAGCGGGAACAGGCGGCGCCGGCGGCAAGGACCGACGUGGUGACAAGAGAACGGCUCCCCCACAGCCCAAGGAUACGGCCAAGGUGCGCUUUGCCGGCUUCGUAGCUGUUGAGGUGCGCGGCCGGCAGGUGCUUGUCAAGGCGCCCGUUUGGACGCUGGCAUGA